UCGUCCUUAUCCCUCCCACUCACACUACCUCUCUCUCUCUCAUUCUCGCUCAGACCACCACCCAUCUAGAGCAGCGACGGUGAACUCUGAACAAUAACGACGACGACCAUCCACCCAGGCACCUAUCCAGAGGAUCCAUUCUCUGUUGUAUUAGAUGGUUAUGGAGUACAAAGAACCUACAAGAUUAGAUAGUGAGUCAUUACCUAGUGAUGAAGAUGAUUUACAAGGUGCAAUUUCUUCACCUACUUGUCAAUCUCAAAGCCAUGAUGGUUCUUUGGGACCUCCUCAUCUGAAUAAAAGCAAAGAAAUAAUGGGAGAUCUAGAACUUGGAAUGGAGUGUAGUUCUAAAGAGAGCGCAUACGAUUAUUACUACAACUAUGCUAGAGAUAAGGGUUUUGACGUGAUGACGCAUCAUUGGAAAAAAAAAAUUGCGAGUAUUGUAACAAGAGUAACUCACACUCGUUCAAGACAAGGUUUUCGAAGAAAUGAUGAGCCAGUUGAAGAUCAUAAUCAUGCUUUGGUUCAAACCCCUAUGAAGCACAUGUUGAAGAUUAAUCGUAAGAUGUCCUGAGCUCAAAAGACCUAUGCCGAUGAUGCAAAUAAGUCAGGAAUACUAAUAAAGCAACUAUAGAAUUGAUGAGCAGAGAAGUUGGUGCGCGAGAGAAUUUUGCGUUUCUUGAUAAAGAUUAUCGAAAUUAUAUAUAUCAAAAGCGAUAGACAACACGGAAAAAGGAGAUGCUAGGGCUAUAUUGCAAUAUUUUCAUAAAAUGCAAGUGAAUGACUUGUCUAGUUUUUACUCGGUCUAGCUUGAUGAAGAUGAUAUGAUCACAAAUAUGUUUUGGGCAGAUUCACGUUCAAUAAGUUAUUAUGGUCUCCUUAGAGAUGUCAUUUGUUUUGACACAACGUAUCGGACAAAUAAGUAUGGUAGACCAUUUACACCAAUUCUUGGUGUUAAUCAUCAUAAACAAAUUGUAGUUUUUAGUGCAGCUUUUUUAUAUGAAGAAAGUGUGGAUUCUU